AUGGCCUCAGCGAGACAGAAAGGCAAGCAGCGCGCCAACACUGAGCCGCAGCAAGCACCCGCCCAGCCGCGCCCCAUCACUCCCACCUGGAACCCGCGCUACGUCUCGUUCUGUCCGUACAACAAGAAAGCACACUCACCCUACCCUUACGAGCCGGCUCUGGACUCCCUCCAAAUGAGCCUCAAACGGAAAUGCAUCCCCGACCCAGACCCCAUCGAUACCUACCAUCUGAUGCUGCUCGUUCUGGAGGAUUUGCGCGACUACGUUCGACCGCUUCUGUACACGGACAUUCCGGACGACGCGCGGCACUUUGCCAGGACUCAAUGGGGCCUACUCAAUCUCAUUCAGGAGUUCGACAGCCUGCCCAAUCGUGUCACGGGCGAGGAACGCGAGGUUGAGAAGAUCAUGGCGGAGUUCAAGCCAGCGAAUGCGUUCGAGGGGCUCGUCCGAACUUUCGCACUCGACGUCAUACGGGCAGGCAUGAAGUAUUUCGACCUUCUCGCUGAACGGGGCCAGGCUGGCGUGGCUAUACCGUCCGGGUCCAGAUCGCUGCAGGCCGUGCAUUCCAGGAAUAGGACAGCCGGUCGAGUGUCGACGGCGGCCGCAUCGUCCUCUGCAGUCCCAUCACCUGGUAGAAAGUUGGAACUGGAACUCGCCCUGAAGGUCUUUCAGACCGGGGCCGACGCCGCAGUGCAGACUUUCCGGUUCAGCUUCUUCUUGCACUUCGACGAUGCGCGGGCUGUGUGGGUCAACAGGAUCCGCGUGUACGAUCACCUGAUGAUGGUCAUGUGGGAGGUCAAGCGCCAGAUCCUGCAGCCCAAUGAAGGAGAGAAGGGCAAGGAGUCGGAGAAUGUUGAGAAGCCUGAGGCGCACCCAGACGAUGGAGGAGACGGGAGUAGCGAUAGCUGGGAGAACGUGUGGUUCCGAGAGGGUGAAGGGGCCGCAGAAGUAGGUCACGACCCCUCGGGCGAUCCCUCUUCUGCGGCGGAAAGCAGCAGGGACGCUGAACCGAAGACCCAGGUGAAGAAGAAGGGCAGGAAGAUCAAGAACGCCAAACUGCUGAAAGCAAGGGCGAGAAUGGGAAAGUAG